CAAAGUUAUCGUUAGGUGCGGCUGACGGAUGAAUCUAACCCAUUUACAGUUUCACAUGCACACCGAUUUCUCCAUAAAUCCAGAUGCUUUUGAACAAGUUCUUAUUAAACACACAAAGACCUCUUAUCGCCCUUUCUCAAGAUCAGCAUCGACGAGUUUUAAGAUCAGUCCGAUCAAUGGCACAAUCCUCUGGCAAGAAGCUUGUUCAGAUUGAUGUCACUUCAGACAGCGUCUGCCCAUGGUGUUUUGUGGGUAAAAAGAAUCUUGAUCAAGCCAUAGUUUCGUUGAAGGAUAAAUAUGAUUUUGAGAUUAGAUGGCAUCCUUACCUUCUUGCACCUGAUGCUCCAAAAGAAGGAGUUAACAAAAAAGACUACUACAGGAGUAAGUUCGGGGCUCGUUCUGAACAAAUUGUUGGCCGUAUGACAGAUAUCUUCAAGGGUUUAGGUCUACCAUAUGAUAUGAAUGGACUCACGGGUAGUAGUUUGGAUAGCCACAGGCUUAUACUUUUUGCUGGAAAAAGUGGGCAGGACAAGCAACAUAAGCUUGUGGAAGAACUUUUCCUUGGCUACUUCACACAAGGAAAAUUCAUAGGUGACAAGAAGUUUCUUGCGGAAUCUGCAACUAAAGUUGGUAUAGAAGGAGCAGCUGAGUUUCUCGAAGAUUCCAAUAACGGUUUGAAUGAGGUGAAGGAAGAGCUUCAGAAAUACUCCAAUGGCCUCACAGGAGUCCCAAAUUAUGUGAUUAAUGGGAAGCAGCAGUUAUCUGGUGGACAACCUCCUGAGGUCUUCAUCAAAGCUAUUCAACUGUCUGCAAAUUGACAGAAGGAGAGUAUCUAAUAAAACCUAAAACAAUUAUCAUCGCCUUUGCUAGGUCGGAAUAACUGUUUUAGUUGGAUUCCUAUUUGUAUGUUAUGUCGAAUGUUUCAACUUGUUGUCACUGUUAUUGACGUGUUCUUUCCUGAUGGAAAUAAACUUGCUGAUUACAUUAUAUUAUUCAAUUGAUUUUUGAGUC